UUUCCAGAAACUAGUACGAAAGUACAAGGAAGAAGAAGAAGUAACACAACCAUGUUCAAUAAAAGCUGAUGCUGUUGCAAAGGCACUUGGUCCUGACCCGCGAGGACGAGUUAGAGGGCUUGGGUUUGGUGCACUCCCUUCAAAAGUGGAUGGUCAGACACACGUUGCUAAUAAGGUCACUAUGCUAGAGAACGCUCUUGCUGCUCAAACACAACAGGUGGACCGAUUGACAGAGUUAGUGCAAGGUCUCGUUACUCGGCUAGACAAAGGAGAGAACGUCAAUGAAAACACAAGUGUGCAACAUUCUGUUAAUUGGGUUGCACAGAGAAAACGAAAAGAGAAUCUGAACUGUUCUAGUGAUAUAGCACAAAGCAAGCAAAAAGAUGCAAGUGUUAUAAGUUCUAACAGGGAGAGGGGCAGUAGGGAGCAAAUCAAAGAAAAUACCGAUGGAAAGGAGCCACAUUUGGGAAAUGGUAGACCAAGAAAGAGCCAAAAGACAGAUGCAGCGGAAAAAUUGUACUUGCUAAGUUGGUUUGCUAAAGAAGAAGAAGUCGUUGCUACUGGUGGCAUUUUGUCAAAAGAUCCAGAAGCUUUGGUGCAUCAUGUGCCUCUAGGCCAUGAUUGUUGGAAAAUUUCAGUGCGCGAAGUUUUUCAUGAUAUAGCUUUGUAUCAACCGACAAGUGAGUUCAAUAAGCUUGAUGCAUCUAGAGGAAGUGUAAUCGCAUGGCCUGUCAAAUAUAUCAAGGUGAAUUCGGCUGUCAAUUGAGGUACAUUAAUACUCUCUAGUAAUAAUCCCGACUGUGCUCAAUCUUCAUUUUUUUUUUUUUUUUUUGGCUUUGUGUUCUAUUUUCUUGCUAGGAAAUGAAAAGAAAAUAUGAGGAGUUGAUUGGCAAUAAGAACAUGGGUUUAUUUUUGAUUGAAAAUUGUUCUUAUUUUCGCCUGAAAAUAUAGUAUGAGAUGUGUUAUUCUCUAUUUGAAUGAAUCUGAUAGCCUUUAGUAAAUGUCGAACCUAAUGACCCAAAAAUUUCCAGUAGUUUAGCAUCACUAGCAUGGCUUUAGAUGGUCUUACAAAAUAGCUAGUGUAGUAGAUUAGGUUCAAGGGUUCAUUUGCCAUACUAGAAGGCGCAUUUUGAUGUUCCAGGGAUUAUGAAAUGGUGUGUUAUCCCUGCAAUACAGAUUUGAUUAGAUUGCAAUUUUCAUUGUUGGCUAAUUGUACUUG